AUGGCUGCGAAGGGCGCGCACGGCUCCCACCUGAAGAUGGAGAGCGAGCUGGAGCGGUGCCGCGCCGAGGGCCACUGGGACCGCAUGCUCGAACUGGUCCGGCAGAUGCAGACGCUGGUGCUGCCCGGCGGCGGAGGCAGCCGGCGAGCCAGCCCGAGUGCCGCGUUCCACUCUCAGGACGCUGAUGACUUUGGGAAAUUGCUCCUGGCUGAGGCCCUCCUGGAGCAGUGUUUGAAGGAGAACCAUGCCAAGAUAAAAGACUCCAUCCCUUUGCAGGAGAAGAAUGAGCCGAAAAUGAAUGAAGCCAGAAACUAUCUGAGUAGUAUCCUUAACCACGGGAGGCUGUCACCACAGUACAUGUGUGAGGCCAUGCUGAUCCUGGGCAAGCUGCAUUACGCAGAGGGCUCAUACCGAGAUGCUACCAGUAUGUAUGCACGGGCCGGGAUUGACGACCUGUCUGUGGAGAACAAGCCCCUGUAUCAGAUGCGUCUGCUAGCAGAGGCCUUAGUCAUCAAAGGCCUCUCGCUGGAACGCCUACCCAACUCCAUCGCUUCCCGCCACCGCAUGACUGAGAGAGAGGAGGAAGUGAUCACCUGCUUCGAGAGGGCCUCUUGGAUCACCCAGGUGUUCCUGCAGGAAUUGGAGAAGAUCACAAACAACACAACGUCGCGGCAGCUGAAAGGCUCCAACCCGGUUGACUAUGAGCUCAGCUACUUCCUGGAAGCCGCCCUCCAGAGCGCUUAUGUGACAAACCUGAAGAAGGGAAACAUUGUGAAAGGCAUGAGAGAGCUCCGGGAAGUCCUGCGCUCUGUGGAGACCAAAGCAACUCAGAACUUCAAAGUGGUGGCGGCCAAGCAUUUGGCAGGGGUCCUGCUGCACUCCCUGAGUGAGGAGUGCUACUGGAGCCCCCUGUCCCAUCCGCUGCCUGAGUUCAUGAGCAAAGAGGAGAAUUCCUUCCUCAUGCAGGCCCUGCGGAAGCCUCACCUCUACGAAGGAGACAACCUCUACUGCCCGAAGGAUAACAUUGAGGAAGCCCUCCUGCUGCUUCUCAUCAGCGAGUCCAUGGCGGCUCGGGAUGUGGUGCUGAGCCGGGCGCCAGAGCAGGAGGAAGACCGGGAGGGGAGCCUGCAGAACGCCUCGGCCAUCUAUGACCUCCUGAGCAUCACGCUGGGCAGGAGGGGGCAGUACGUCAUGCUCUCUGAGUGCCUGGAGCGAGCCAUGAAGUUUGCGUUCGGGAAAUUCCACCUUUGGUACCAAGUGGCCCUCUCCAUGGUGGCAUGUGGGAAGUGGGCCUAUGCCGUGUCACUCCUGCGGGAGUGUGUGAAAUUGCGACCCUCGGAUCCCACCGUACCCCUGAUAGCUGCCAAGGUCUGCAUUGGGUCCCUGCAUUGGCUGGAGGACGCGGAGCACUUUGCCAUGAUGGUUAUUGACCUCGGGGAAGAAGCCGGGGAGUUCCUUUCCAAGGGUUACCUGGCACUGGGUCUCACCUACAGCCUUCAGGCCACCGAUGCGACUCUGAAAUCCAAGCAAGAUGAAUUUCACCGAAAAGCACUGCAGAUGCUGGAGAGAGCCCAGCAGUUGGCACCUGGCGACCACCAGGUCAUUCUCUAUGUUUCCCUGCAGCUCGCCCUCGUCCGCCAGAUCCCUAGUGCCAUUGAACAGCUGCAGGAAGCCCUGAGAGUGUGCAGAGAUGAUGCCAAUGCCCUCCACCUGCUGGCGCUCCUCUUCUCUGCCCAGAAACACUACCAGCAUGCCCUGGAUGUCAUCAGCAUGGCCAUCGCAGAGCAUCCUGAGAACUUCAACCUGAUGUUCACCAAGGUGAAGCUGGAGCAGGUACUGAAAGGCCCAGAGGAAGCGCUUGUGACCUGCAGACAAAUGCUGCGGCUGUGGCAGACACUGUAUAGCUUCUCCCAGCUGGGAGGCCUGGAAAAAGAUGGCAGCCUCGGUGAGGGCCUCACCCUGAAGAAACAGAGUGGCAUGCACCUGACUUUGCCGGAUGCCCAUGACGCAGACUCCGGCUCUCUACGGGCAUCAUCCAUUGCAGCCUCCCGGCUGGAGGAGGCCAUGUCAGAACUGACCAUGCCCAGCUCAGUCCUGAAGCAGGGCCCCAUGCAGCUGUGGACCACGCUGGAACAGAUCUGGCUCCAGGCUGCUGAGCUGUUCAUGGAACAGCAACACCUCAAGGAAGCGGGUUUCUGCAUCCAGGAGGCGGCGGGCCUCUUCCCCACCUCACACUCAGUCCUCUACAUGCGGGGCCGGCUUGCCGAGACAAAGGGCAGCUUGGAGGAGGCCAAGCAGCUGUACAAGGAGGCGCUCACAGUGAACCCCGAUGGCGUGCGCAUCAUGCACAGCCUGGGUCUGAUGCUGAGUCGGCUGGGCCACAAGGGCCUGGCCCAGAAGGUGCUGCGGGACGCCGUGGAGAGGCAGAGCACUUGCCAUGAGGCGUGGCAGGGCCUGGGCGAGGUGCUGCAGGCUCAGGGCCAGAGCGAGGCUGCUGUUGACUGCUUCCUCACUGCCCUUGAGCUGGAGGCCAGCAGCCCAGUGCUGCCCUUCUCCAUCAUCCCCAGAGAGCUCUGACCACUGCCGCCGCAGAGAGGAAGAGGGCUGCCCACAGGGCAGGUGGGCCAGCAGGGAACCUGGGGCCUCCAGGAAAUACAGCUCUAGGGAAACGCUUCUGCAGGCUGCAGCCCUAGUUCUCCCCCACCGUCCGUGCCUUGCCUUCAGGGCCAGCUGGGUCUGGGAGUUGCUCAUCUGGAGCUGGGUGGACAAGAUUUGCAUCAAAAGCAAAUUCCUUGCUGCUUAGGACUCAGACAGACAUGAUGAUGUUUAUGAGCAGUGAAGUAGCUGGGAGGCCACAUCAGCACAGGGGCCCCUCCCUGAGUGUGCCUUAUCUGAGUGUCCCCUCAGGGUCUGUGUGUCUUGGGUACCUCCCCUACCCAUCCAGAAGCCCGUGGACCCUGCCACCCUCCCUGCACAUCCCUGACUCUGGAUUUCUCGACUUUGCACAGACUUUGGUCUCAAACUUCAGCUCUCUUCUCUGCAACACCAAAGACAAACCCCACUGGGCUGACCUCUGGCUGGGCAGAGAGGGCUUUCCCAGGCACCACGGGAGAAAGUCUGCUUGAACCCCAAGUGACUUAGAGUCAUGGUGACCGGACUUGCUCCCUGAGAGCAUGGGUGGGGCAGCCCCAGAGCUCUGUUUUCCGCACACCUUGGGCUGUCCCAUGGCGCUGGUCUCAUCCCCAGUCUCGGCUCUUGCCCAGGGCAGCCACAGCUGGAAGAAUCUGCUGGUGAGUGGGAAAAGGAUGGGAUCUCUGGGUCUGAGUUAGUGGAUGAUGCCUGGCAUUGCCCCCUCUUUGCCCAUGAGGCCAGUUGGGCCCCACUGUGCCCCUCCCUUCUGCCAAGUGCCUUUGGGGCCUCUGGUCCUAGUCCAGAGCACCGAGCACUGGCCCUACUAACCAUCCGUUUCCACCCACCCGCACCUCCCUGGAAACAUGCCCAAGCCUGGGCAGCCUCCUUAGGCCCUAGGCCAUAGCCCCUAGGAUGGGCCUCAGGGAACAAACCUGGCUGCUGGACCCAGCCCUUUCUGAUACCUUGUGUCAACACAUUGUUCCUUCAAGCCUUACUUUUUUGGACAAUGGGUACAAUAGAGACUCCUCUAGGGGAAAUAAUGUGGAAGAGGGCAGUCUCUAGGACUGUCCCCAGUACAUCUUACCACCCACAGCCUAUUUUCACUUCAGGCUUUCUUGGGUGACCAGAGCCCAACCCUGGACAUUUGGUUCCUCCUGCCUGGGGCCAAAUAGGGACUGUGGCUGGAGACCCAAGGAAGAGAGGAGCCCAGCCCCUCCUCUCUGGUUAAGCAGGCCUCUGUGUCCCUGGCAGAUCCUUGUGAGCAGGGGUCCCCGGGCCGGCGGGUGGCUGCCUUGCCUGCUGGCACCCCUAGCCCUGCUGUGAGCUCUGGGGAUUCUCCCUGGGAUGUCAGCCUCUGACAGGCCUAUCAGGGAAGUCCUUUUUUUAUCUACACUUUGGGUUUUACUUUUAAAGGUCCAUCUGGUACAUUUCUCAAUUUAAGGUGUGUGGAAGGGGCUGCCCUGGUUUGCCAUAGCCCAGUCUGUUCCCGGUGGGGAAGGGCUGCUGGGGAGCCACCCCCCUGCCGCGCUGGCUCAGCACUGCACACUCAGGUGCUUCCAGGCAGGGCCCGUUCCUCCUGGCCUCCCAGGCACUGCAGAGACACCAGAUCAUUGCCUCUUGGUUGGGGGAUCUCUCUAUACAUGUAUGUGUGUGUGUAAAUAUAGAUAUAUAUAUAUAUAUAUAUAUAUACAUAUAUAUAAAUGAUAGAGAUUUAUUUUUAUUCUGGAAUUCUGUUAUAAAAGUUAGCAAGAAAAAGUGAAUGCUAUUAAUUUGCCUUAGGGUGCCCAAAGAUGCUGGUAGGAAAGGUACCAGAUGCAUUUGACUUGAAGGAUUUCUUAUAAGGCAGCCUCAGAGGCCUGGGCCAAGUUGAUGACAGUUCCAAAUAAAAGUCUUGAAUAAAGAGAUGGUUGAAAGGGAA